AUGAAUGCCAUUGGUGUUGCAGCUAUGGCUGAAAACUACCAGAGGUUCGACCCCUUGGCUUACUUGCAGAACAACUAUGUGGCACCACGUGCCAAUUUUACUAGUGAAGAGUUUGUGGUGCCCUGGAAGCUUCGAUGCCUGGCAGAUGCCUUUGCCACAGGAAAAAUCACUGGUCACACUUUGAUUGAUAUUGGCACAGGCCCCACCAUCUACCAGCUCCUCAGUGCCUGUGACUACUUUGAGGAGAUUGUAGCCACUGACUUCCUGGAAGUGAACCGGACUUUCAUUCACAACUGGGUGCACAAUGAAGACAAGGAUGGCUUUGACUGGUCACCUUAUAUCCAGCAUGUUUGUAAAAUUGAAGGCAAAGGGGAGCCGUGGAAGGAGAAAGAACAAAAGCUGAAAAAGAAGCUGAAAAAGAUCCUUCCUAUUGACAUCCACCAACCUGACCCACUGGGUUCUUUGUUCAGCCAGCCAGCUGAUGCUUUGAUUUCUACAUUUUGCCUAGAGGCCGCGAGCCCUGACCGCCCAAGCUUUGAUAAAGCUUUUCAGAAUGUCACCAGGCUCCUUAAACCUGGUGGCCAUUUCCUCAUGAUUGGAGCUUUGGAAGAGUCUUUCUACUUAGCAGGAGAAGUAAAGCUGACGGUGGUGCCCCUGAGUGAAGUAGACAUCAAGGAAUCGUUUGCAAAAAAUGGCUAUCGUAUUCAUGACUUCCAUUCCUACAAGAUGCCUCCAACCUUGAAGAUCGGAGUUGAUGAUGUACAAGGGAUCUUUUUCAUCCAUGCACAAAAGUUUGCUUGA